AUUGCUCGCCGGCUUUCUGUGUCUGGGAUGGAUUGCUCCUGCAUGUUCUCCAGCCUCAGCAGUGGCUGCUGGAGGGCAUCGCUCCGCGCUCCCGGUGUGAGGAGAAACAGAGCCCACCAAGAAUCACAGAAGAAGUCGCUGAAAGUCGCAUUCCUAGUCUCCUCUGCUGUCCUUGUUAGCCUUUUAAGCUGGAGCUACUUGGUCUGCGAAGAUGGGGUCACUGAGGUUCUGGCUCAUUACAGUGAAAGUCUGCGGGACAGAUUCAUCGAGGUGCCUUGCUCUGAGGAUUAUGACAGCCAUAAAAGAUUUGAAGGAUGCACUCCUAGAAAGUGUGGAAGAGGCAUAACAGACACAGUAAUCACCAGGGAGGAAGCUGAAAGAAUCCGUAGAAUAGCAGAGAGGGGACUGUCCUUGGGAGGAUCUGAUGGAGGGGCUUCAAUCUUGGACUUGUACUCUGGAGCUCUUUCAGUGGGAAAGCAUUUUGUUAAUCUGUACAGAUACUUUGGGAAUAAAAUUCAAGAAGUCUUUACAGAAGAGGAUUUCCAGUUAUACCGUGAUGUAAGGCAGAGAAUUCAGCAAACAAUAUCCCAGGCAUUUGGUAUUAGCUCUUCUUCCAUGUAUCUGACCAAGCCAACCUUCUUCUCAAGAAUAAACAGCACAGAGGCCAAGACAACGCAUGAUGAGUACUGGCACCCACACAUUGACAAGGUAACUUAUGGCUCCUUUGACUAUACAUCACUGCUUUAUCUGUCUGACUACACUGAGGAUUUUGGUGGUGGACGAUUUGUGUUCAUGGAUGUAGGUGCUAACAAGACUGUAGAACCCCGAGCAGGCCGUGUUUCCUUUUUCACCUCUGGGUCGGAGAACCUUCAUCGAGUGGAAAAGGUUCGCUGGGGCACUCGAUAUGCCAUUACCAUCUCCUUCACUUGCAAUCCCGACCACGGCAUUGGGGAUCCAGUCUUAACGUAAUCCAUCCUGGGAUAGAAUAUGAGGUCAAGUGGAAUGACAGAAGAAGCCCUAUGAGGGGGGCAAAUGGAGAUAAUUUCCUGUGUAAAUUCCAAUUAAUUAAAAUUUCCCAAACCUGCAUUUAAUGUAACAUCAUUUUCACACAUCUUCCUCCAUAAGCGUUGCAAACAGUGCCUUAAGGACCAUAUUUAAUUCAGCAUUCUGUUAAAAAGGGUUUUUUAUUCAUCCAGUUGAGAAAACAGAGUCCUUUCUUAUUUUAGGUUACUUCACUUUGAGGAGUGCAGAGAAUACAUUGGACUAAGUUCUGCUGUGCCCUAUGCUAUUGUCAGCGGAUGUAACAGACUGUGAUUUGGCCCUUUAAAUCUCUCCAUCUCCAUCUGUUCAUGACAAUUAAGAGUAAGAAAAACAUGAUCAUCAUAUUGGCCAGUCUUUGUUCUUGCAACAGAGUCUCUUGGUCACAGGCAUUAUUUGCAAACACAUGUGGGUUUGUCUUCUGGAACUUACUUGAAUUGUUCUUUAUGUUAUUACAGAUAUUUACAGCUAAAUGCUGGGGAGGGGGAAAGCAUGAUCUCACCUCACAUGAUGUAGGUGAGCAGUGGUUAAUGUAAAAUAAAAUUUGGAAACUCCAGCUGUCUGUCUGGUGAGUCUGGGGCUUCAGGAGAGUAAUUUCAGUGGUACCACAGGCCUGACCAAAGUGCUAACAGUAUCUCUGAUCAGGAAGGAAUGUCUGAUGUACUGGGCCCUGUUUUGUUUUUUGUGGGUUUUUUCAGUUGCACCUCCACAGUGAACAUGAAGUUGCACUGAGCUGUUUGUGUACAUUGUUUUGUUUGAGCAUUUUUAAUGUUUAAUUCUUUAUAUAAAAUGAAAAGGAGAUUUCAAAAUGAAAAAUAGAUUCAAAUUUAAAAAAUGUAAACAUUUUGGAAGUCUAAACAAAACAUUUUGAUGUUUUUCAGAUUUUUUUAAAGAUAUUAAUCCAAGACAAUUCUGUUAAAUUCACAAAUUCAGAAAAUGUCAACCCCCAAAGCUUAAUUUUUCUGGAAAAGUUUGUCUAAAAAUGUGUUCAGCUCUAUUUUUAUUGGCUUUAAUUGGCAAUAGAGCACAUCAGGAACUGGUAUUUGAAUGGAUUUUUGUUAUGUUUUACCACCCUCAGCUGCAGUUAUGGAACAGUUCUUAGAUUUUCUCGCUCAAAUAAUAAAUCAAGUUGUUUAA